GUCGGUCGGGGUCGUUCGUCGAGUCGUGGCUGUUGGCUGUUGGCUGUAGCUGUAGCCGUAGCGAUGAUGAUGUCGCUAGUUUCAGUUUCGUACACUCUGUGUUGAACGUUCGUUGGCGGCGGUUCACGCAUCGCGUCCGCAGGUUUUUCGCCGAGUUCCCGAGUGGUUCGAAAUACCAUAGUCCAUAGAGACCUGGCUGGAUUUUUAGACUUUGAUUUGUGGAUAUAUCUGAACGCAUUUGCGUUACUCGGAGACACUGGAUAUUCCAGUGGAUUUGUUUUAAUUUUAUUUCCAUUUCGUGGCCUGGCGAAGCGUGAGCAACGCCAGCACACCAGCAUUUAAGAUUCGGGGCCAACAGCAAUUCCAUCCGCAUCCGCAGGUCGAGAUGCCGACCAUCCGGCGGUGCUGCAUCAUCGGAUGUCUGUCCAAUUCGCGCCAGCACCCGAGCAUGCAGUUCUUUGCGUUUCCCCGCCCGGAGAACCCCUUCCACAAGCUGUGGAAAGAGGCGUGCCACGCCUCCCUGAGGCGUAUAGUGCCCUUCAAGAAGCCGGUGGUGUGUGCCCUGCACUUUGACCCCAGUGUUCUGGGGGGCAGGAGGCUGCAGUCAAAUGCGCUGCCCACCCUGCGCCUGGAGGUGCCCUCCAACCUGGAGGCCGUGGAGCAGCAGGCCAUGGUGGAGGAGAUCGAGAGGAGCCGAAAGUGCGCCUACAUCAAUGCAGUGGUAUAUGAAUGGCUAGUGAGAGCCAACAUCAAUCCCCAGCUGCGAGGCAGCAUAACCCACGGAAUGAUCAAGGACAAGGCGGAGAAUGCCCGCCAAGUCAUUGGGAGCACAUCCUUUAUAGCGGAUAAUCGCUGGUUGAACCGUUUCCGGGAGACUCAUCUUCAAGGAUUCGCCCAAAAACUGGCCAGCAAUCAGUUGAAGCCUCUAGGAUCCUCGCUCUGGAUCCCGGACAUUGUACAGGACCUGGCCCACCUCUUUCCGCCCGCCAGCGCCGAAAGAGUGGCCAAACUGGAGGAGAUGCCCGAGCAGUACAUGAGCUACAUGCAGCAGUACGGGGAAUACGAAGAGGAUGAUGACAGCAUGGAUGUGAAGGAGCAGAGCUAUCAGGAGCAACAGCAGCAGCAACAGCAGCACUUUGCCCUCCAGCAGCAACACAUGCAACAGCAGCAGCAUCAAAUGGCCCACCCAUGGCCACCGUUUCCUGGUCAUCCCGGACAUCCUACCCCGCAUCCCGGGUUCGCCAGCUUCAACGACUUUUACUUUGAGCGGCAUCAGCAGCAAAUGCAACAGCAACUCCAGCAGCAUCAGCAGCAGAUGCAACAGUUUCCACCCACUAUGCCACCUCAAAGGGAGCCCUUUCAGCCCCAAUUGCCGCCAAAUGUUCCUCCGCAGCGAGCUAGUCCCUUCCAGCCCGUUCAGUUGGCCAAGAGACCCAAAAUGGAGUCACCCGAUGACGACGAAGUGCAGGAGAUCAACUCUGCGAUGACUUCACCACCACAUCCGCUAGCAGAAUCCACUUUAACCAGCAAGCACAGUCGAAGUUCCAGUCCCAACGAGCAGAACAACAACAACAGCGGGGGAAGGGACAGUGCCAGCAGCAAGGAGAACGCUCCCAAGGGAGGCGGAGCUAGUGGCAAAUCCACGCCUGCCCUCUCCUCCAAGGGAAAGGACUCACCUGCACCAGCACGAGCUGCGUCCACCAAACCCGCCUCCGCUCCCGCCUCGCCGAAAAAGAUUCCCAAUGGAUCCAGCUCCUCGGGCAGCCAAACCAAUGGACACACAUCCCCAGAUCACGAGGAUAAGAAGGCUUUGUCCAUGCUGAAGGAGUUGGAGAGCUACCACCAGGCUUUGGAGUACCUCAAACCGCUGGAGGACUUUGUGCUCUUCAAGGAGAACUUUCGAGCUAUUGGGCUGCUCUCCCAGUUGGAACUGGUGCUCCGAAAAGGGGACAAGGCCACACUGGUUGAGGGCUAAGAGUUUCCUUCAUCGCGGAUCGGAAAUGCACAAAACACAAAUGUGAUGAACAGUGUACAUAUGUAUCAAGUAGUAUUAUUGAAUCGUACUACAGCCAAAACCGUUGCCUAGGUUAACAAAGAAUCUCCACUCGCAUACAGCUGAACCUAAUUAAUUAAUUUAUUACUUACUCUAAGUACAAUAAAAUUAAAUUUUUAAAAUAAUAAACAAGUU